UCAGAUCGACAACGAUGCUAAAGAUGAAUCAAGGGCUAAGGAAAUUAAAAGAAAAUGAAAAGAGAGGAAAAAAUGGCAGCUUGUGGAUUGUGCAUUGGCGUAGGGAGCUUCAGCGAUCCUCCAGAAAUACCUGGAAUGGCUCAUUUUUUGGAGCACAUGGUGUUCAUGGGAUCUAAGAAAUAUCCACAGAUAUAGUAUACAUGUAGUGCGAAGGAAAACGACUUCGACGCAUUUAUAAAAAAACAUGGUGGUUCCGACAAUGCGUAUACCGAGUGCAAGAAAACAACGUUUUAUUUUGAGAUACAAGAAAAAUUUCUGCACAGCGCACUCGAUCGUUUUGCUCCAUUUUUCAUAAGUCCCUUGAUAAAACGUGACGCUAUUACUCGAGAACGAGAAGCAGUAGAGAGUGAAUUUCAGAUGGCGUUACCGUCCGAUUUUCACAGGAAAGAACAGCUCUUCAGCAGCUUAGCAAAAACUGGACAUCCCGCGACCAAAUUUGUUUGGGGUAACUUGAUUACUCUCCGCGAUAAUGUUACGGAUGACAAACUCUAUGAGGAAUUGCACAAAUUUCGUCAACGUCAUUAUAGCGCUCAUCGAAUGACCGUAGCAAUACAGGCGAGAUUACCGCUCGACACACUGAAAAAUUACGUUAAGGAGUGUUUUUCGAACGUACCGAAUAACAAUUUGCCUCCUACAAAUUUUGACGAAUAUAAAGGCGCCGAAUCAUUCAAGACGUCGCGCUUCCAUCGAAUGUAUAAAGUAAAACCCAUCAAAGAUGUUUGCCAGGUUGAAUUAACUUGGACAAUGCCAUCGCUUUUUUUUCAUCUGUACAAGAGCAAACCACAUCAAUACGUCUCUUGGAUUAUCGGUCACGAGGGCAAGGGAUCGUUGAUCAGUUUACGAAAAAAAAUGUGGUGCUUGGAUGUUUUCAGCGGAAAUGGUGAAAAGGGUUUCGAACAUAGCUCCAUGUACGCCCUUUUCAGUCUUACUCUCGUGCUCACCGACGAAGGUCGUAAAAAUUUGAAGGAUGUUCUCUACGCUGUUUAUUCUUACAUUAAUCUUAUGAGACGCGAAAGUCCCCAAAAACGUAUUUACGACGAGAUUCAUAGAAUUGAGGAAACCAAUUUCAGAUUUUCCGAUGAAACACCGCCUGACCAGUACGUCGAGGAUCUCUGCGAAAAUAUGCACUUUUACGCACCAGCUCAUUUAUAUAUAAAUGGUUCCGAAUUGUACUAAUAUUCGAUAAUAUUCGAGUUUAACGAGGACGAGUUCAGCAAGGUUGAGCCGUGGUUCAAAACGAAAUACGCAGACAUUGAAAUACCAGCCGAUUGGAUUAAGUGUUGGCAAAACGUAGAACCGUUUUCAGGCUUCCAUUUACCGGAACCGAACAUUUUUGUAACUGAUGAUUUUACCCUCGUACCAAAACCAGAGAAGCCAUCAGACUAUCCUGUCAAAGUUUAUUCAGACUCUCUUUCCGAAGUGUGGUACAAACCUGACACGAAGUUCAGAUUGCCCGAGUGUUAUGAAUUUUUUUAUAUAUCACCGUUGGCCAUUGCAGUCACCGGAAUUGCUAUGCUCGAUCUAUUCGUGGCGAUUCUCAAGCAAUUGUUAACUGAGGAAUUAUAUCCAGCUACAGCAGCUGAGCUGCAUUAUACGAUAAUGUCUUGCGAGAUGGGUCUUGUGGUCAAACUGAAUGGAUUCAAUCAAAAAUUAUUUCUCCUACUGGAAACGAUAACAAAAUACAUAGCCAAUUUUUCGAACCUCGUUACGGAAGAACUGUUCGAAGUUAUGAAAGAAGAAGCAUCGAAAGCGUACUACAAUACGUUUAUAAAGCCAGGAAAGCUUAUUAAAGAUGUAAGGAUGCCGAUACUCAUGCUCGUUUAUUGGCCGGCCAUCGAUCGAAAAUGCAUUAAUUUACCAUAG